UAGUAUUUUUAAAUAUGAUAGUACUAGACGACGGUAAAUAUAAUAGGUAAAUACACAUAAAUACUCGUAAUAAUGACACAAAAAUAAAUGCUCUUCGGGAUUCGAACCCAUCCUGCUUCGUUUGCUGCAGGAUAUAUGCAGCAUGUUUUAGAUCCCUAGUCAGCACCAGGCACCUAAAACUUAGCCUAAUCUCAGUAAUGGGGAUAUCAUAAACUCUACGUCUACUACAUCUCAAACAUUGCUGGAGAUGACUUAUGAAUACAAACACUGCUUCGCUUAAUGCAGGACACAAGCGAAGCGCUGAAACCUUCUUAUGUGACUGAUUUAAGUAAACAAUUACGGCCCGAUUCGAAGAAUGAUUAAGACACGUAAAAGAUCUUAGAAAGAUCUUUAAAAGGUCGAUAACUAAACUACAUGUCAAACUGACGUUUAUUUCGAUUCCGCUGUGAUCCCAAUAAGAUCUAUCUACGAUAUUUCUAACGUCAAACUGGCAUUGGUUGCCCGAAUCGAGCUGCUUCUAUCAAUUAUACGACAUACAAACGAUAUCUAAAUGACAACUUAUCUAAACCAGUACUUAUUGUUAUCGUAUCUCAUUCUUCGAAUCGGGCCGUUAGAGUUUGUUACCACGUCGCUGGCGAGUAUUGCAUAAUCAGUAGACUUAGUACAGCUAUUGUUUUUUUUUUCUAGUCUCUUAUACAUUAAAAGCGCUAGUUCAUAUCACUUUAUUCUGCUAUUACUCAUAUUUUAACAUGAACUUCAGCUAAAUAUCACUGGAGGUGAAAAAUCCUAUUAUGGUAAUGCCACGAUACUAUUAUUGAAAAGUGCAUUGAACGUUACGACAUAUUCAUUUCUUCCACGCCAACGGGCAAGAAGGGCGCUCUCGUUUAUUUCAUCACGUAAAAUAAUUAGAUUUACAUUGAAAUAUUACAAUAACGUGAUUUUAUUAAAGAAAAAGUGUUAUUCUUUUAUGUCAGAUCACGUAGAGCCAUUUGUUUCUACUGAAUGGUCUAUAGAAAUUUGUCACCAUAUACUUGAGACUAUACUUUCAUUUAUUUUAUGAGUCUUGAUCAAAAUAGUCACGAAUUCAAAGAUAAUAGGCCCGAUUCGAACUUUAAGAUAUGUCAAAUAUUAGGUCUAGAUACGAUAUGUAUCAGAUAUUUCAGUAUCCGAUUCAUAUUGUAUCUAGACCGAGGAGGAGAGCCGAUUAUCGUAUAAGGAUUUGUAAUUGGUAGGUUCUAUUUUCACUGCAGAAUUGUGAAAAAUCGACAAUUUUUUCUAGGUUUAUGUUUUAUUAAAUAAUUUAUAGUAGGUACCGGUAAAAUACUUGUAGUCCUUUAUCCCAUCGAUGUGGUGGAGAAUAAUAAAACCACCGACGACAGACUGUCUGCCUUGUGAUAAGGAUGGGAUUGAAUUACGAUGCGCAAUGAGGUAAAAUUGCAGUGACUUAAUUGGUAAUGGUCUGUAUCCUGACAGUUAUUGAAUCACGUACUGGACAGAUUGGGUACACAUACAUAAUCAAAUUAGGUACAAUGUGUGCAUUCACUUAAUAUUAAGAUGACCUCGUUUUUUUCGUUUUAUUACGUUAUUGAAGAUAUUUCUCGUGGGAAUUUACAAUGUUAAGAGUUCAUACAAUUCUUAUAUAACAAUGAUAUUAAUGAAUCCCGAGCAGUUUACUUAUUGUCGGACUCAUAAUUUCAAAAUAUACAUAUAUUUAUAUCUUUUCUCAGCGUAUUCUAUCAAACCAAUUUAUUUUUUAUAGUAACAGUAUAGUUUAAAAACGUUGAAGGUUAUCAUUCUAUUUUAAAUAAGUCAAUUCGAAAGCUAAUCAUUUUAUUAUAUUACCAACUUUUAUCACUGAGUUAUUAUUACUAUACAUAGAGAAACCAUACCAAACAAUAAAAUUAUCGCAAUUGCAACCUGUACCACACGAUCAAAGCUUUUAGGUCGCGAGAUUCACGCUCCGUUUCCAUUAUUUGUUGUCAAAACAACAAUAUCUCAUGGCGCAAAAAAUGGUUGUCUGUGCCGAUAAAAUACAUAAUAAUAAAAGUUCAAUGACAGGAUUUCAUAUACAUUAUGUUUACUAUUUAAUAUCUAGCGUACAAAGCCAUUUUGACAUUUAUCGUCCUUUCUAGAAACAACAUAUUUACGAAAAGUUGUUUACAUUACCUGUGUUUGUUUAAUAUCAAUAUCACCUUUCAUAUUUUUGGAUGUGCAAAUAUAAUAAAAUUCGUUGGAAUUAGGCUGUCUACAUAGAAUCUUCAUCACUCAAGACUUUACUUAUCUUUAUUUCGGCUGAUUAUAAUCAACUGCUACUGAUACCAUAAAGGAGAAAAUAAAUAUUUAUGUCUAUAUUUAAGUCUAUAUGCAUAAAAUAAAUACAUUAAUUGACUGUGUAAAACUAUUAAGUACUUACAGUCGUUCCAGUAAAACGUGUAUAUAAAUUAAAUGUGUUUAAGCAGUUUUUGUGAAUAAAAAUACUGAAUCAAUCUAUAUAUUCUAUAUCUGAUACUUAGUACUGAAGGUAUUGGAUCAAACAAACAUUAAUAGAAAUGGCAGCUUUCGAAAAUUCUAAAAAGGGUACUAUAUAUAAACAAUGGAUAAUUGCUAUCAUUGCUGGAAUACCAGUAUUAACGUACGGUUUGCAAAACGGCUGGAUGUCACCCUUCAUCAUCGUGCUCCAGUCAGAGAACAGUCCAUCUGGCUAUCCCCUAUCUAACAACGAGAUUUCUCUAAUUGCUAGUGGUAUUAGUACUGUAGCCAUCGGCACAGCAGUAAUAUAUGGUUACAUUGCAGAUGCUUUUGGUCGACGCUUGUCUUUAAUCCUAGUAGUACUUCCGCAGAUUCUUGGCUUCGCAUUAAAGUUGGUGUCAGCCCAUCCCAUAAGCCUACUCAUAUCGCAAGUUUGUUGUGGGAUAGCCGGUGGCGGAGUAUUUUGUGUUGCUCCUAUAUACAUAAAAGAAAUUGCGCAAGAUUCCUUAAGAGGAAUUUUGGGAUCCUUUGGAAUACUUCUACUGAGCAUAGGAUUGCUCAUAAUGUACGCGAUGGGAGCAUAUAUGAAUUACUAUACCGUACUUUGGAUAGUUACGUGGGUGCCGGUCCUUAACCUAAUUGCACUAUUAGUAAUACCUGAAUCUCCUGGUUUCUUGGUAAAGAAAGGAAAAGUUGAGGAAGCUGCUAAAGUGAUGGCCUGGCUAAGAGGAGUAGAAACAGACGACAAAGAAGUGGAACGGGAUAUUAUGAUUAACAAAAAUGAAAUUGCGGAAUACGAAAAUCUACCGCCAGUAUCUUGGAAGUCUAUUUUAUCAGAACAGACAUCACGGAAAGGUCUUGGUUUAUCGUUUUUAAUGAUCACAUUGCUAGACAUGACUGGGGUUUACGCUAUUUUGACAUAUGCAUCAGUGAUCCUGAGAAAUGCUGGAGUUACAUUUGCUCCAGAAGCUCAAGCUUUAUCUUUUCCAGCUCUCAUGACAUUAGGAUCUCUAUUAUCAGUUCUUACUAUAGAGAGAUUCGGGAGAAAGCCUCUAAUUAUGAUAAGUGCCAUUUUGUCUGGUAUACCGUUGGCAAUAUUGGGGGGACUAAUUCUCGUGCAAAGAAAUGGAGAAUCUCUUCCGUCAUGGCUGGCAGUAGUCUGUAUUGGCGUGUGCUUGUAUUCAAGUGGACAGCAUAUGCCUCUGCCAUACGUAGUCAUAUCCGAAAUGUUCAGCAUGCAGCUAAGAACAAAAAUUCUCGGUCUUCUAGUAUGCUACAGUUGGGCCGUCUGUGCAGUACAAACUAUGGUAUUUGCGCCGAUCACCGAAUACUUUGGCAUGCAUACUAUGUUCUUCGGGUUUUCAUUAUUCAAUUUUAUAGGAGUAAUCAUUGUAUAUGUGGCUUUACCUGAGACGAAAGGGAAGACUCUGGUGCAACUAAGCAAAGAACUAGAAGGCAGACGUAAAUGAAAAAUUAUUUAUUAAAUAUGUACUUAUUUUU